AUGGUGAAAGGGAAGAAGAAAUCAAAUGAACCAUCCGGUAGAAAAAUCACACUCAAGAUGGCCAAGAACGCUCUGAAGGUGACCGUAGAUGGUAAGCGUCGCCUCGACCUCAGUAACAUGGCGAUCGCCACAUUUCCAAAGUGCAUCCUGAAGCUCUGCGACGUAGAGGAGCUGGACCUCAGCCGCAACCUUCUCAAGAAAAUCCCAGACACCAUCGACAAGUUUGUGAACCUCCGCUCGCUCGACCUGCACAGCAACCAUCUGGAGCAGGUUCCUGCAGCAAUCGGCCGUCUGCAUAACCUCCACAGCCUCAACCUGUGCAACAACCAUCUGACUACCUCUGGCCUGCCGCAUGAGCUAGGGCUCCUGAGGAACCUACGUAUCCUCAACCUGGGAAUGAACCGCAUCGAGACUCUACCUCCACCUGUGGCUGGUCUCAAAGAGCUUCAGGAACUGGGGCUCUUCAACAACCUCCUGACACAUUUGCCCAAGUGCAUCCAAAACCUCCCAAAGCUGCAAAGGCUGAACUUCAAAGCCAACCCCAUCCCUCCGGACGAGCCUCCAGAGGUGGACCGCAUCCAGAGAGUGGAGUGUCUGUAUCUAGUUCGGGAAGACUGCUUGUGUACCGACUGCCUCAAGAGGUGUAAGGAGGAAAGAGAGAAGCUAGACAGUCGAAUGAGUACCGCUUCUACACUCAAGAAGUCCAUCUUUGCUGGGCUCAUAACGCCAAACUCUGUAGCACAGGAGAACCAGGCUAUAUGGAGGUGAACGUGUAGACUAGUCUAAAGUGCCGAAUAAAUCCCGUCAAUCCCACAAAUAUUCCAA